AUGGUCAUGCCUGACAAUCACCAAAAACCGAUGGUCCGGGGUCCUGUCCGAGUGGGCUUCUACGAUAUCGAACGUACUCUGGGAAAGGGUAAUUUCGCCGUUGUGAAGCUGGCUAGACAUCGCAUUACCAAGACCGAGGUAAGUGCUGAGCAAACUAGCUAGCUGGCUAGCAUGUUAAGUAACAGUGAGCUACAGUAAGCGUGUGAUUUUCUUGCAAAGGGCACUAACCUUGCCUUUUAACUGACAAGCUAGUUAACGUUACUUGCCCCCUGUAUUGCAGCUGUGAGUUAGCCAGCUAUCUAAAUUUAUAUUUGCACAUUUAUUCUGUAGUUAACUCAUUCUGUUCACAUUUGACAUUGACAUAUUUAGACUAUUUCACACCUAGCUAGCUUGCUUUGUUGCAAACACAGUAGUCUCCUUUUUUUGCUAAGCUUUUGACCCACACAUGAAGAAAGCUAUAGACUAGUACCAGCUGAUGUAACUUGUUAAUCAAAACUGUCUGACUGUGGUUAACUAGUAAAAUUGGGUGUCACCCAGUUUUAGAUGUAGCUAACGUUAGCCUAACGGUGAAGCUGAUUCAUGUGUGUGUUUAUUCCAUGAGAGCCACAUUAUCCCAUCACUUUGUAACCUCAAUGUUGUGCAAUACACUGCCUUUCUUUGACCAUGGAUCAUUACAUUGCUUCAUUACUCUCACUAACAAUUGUGUGCAGUUUGUAUAACAUUAUGUAUAAUGUGGUCAACAAGCCACCCAUAGACCAGGGUUUCCCAAACUCGGUCCUGGGGCCCCCCUUGCGUGCACGUUUAGGUUUUUGCCCUAUUACUACAAAGCUGAUUCAAAUAACCAACUCAUCAUCAAGCUUUGAUUAUUUGAAUUUGACUGGUGUAAACAACCACGUAAAUAUCUAGGGCAUGCAGCAUGGCAUUACUGCAUUGGUUACAUAACCCAAUAAUAAUGUGAUUUUGUUGCCUCUUCUUGGGACAAUCACUGUGGAGCUGCCGUGUACAUACUCCAUUCACAGACACUAAUAGCCCUUGAUCAUGACUCUCAGUUCCAUUACAUUACACAUAAGUCAUUGGACGAAGGCGUCUUCUGUACAGGGGUGUUUUGUUGAGCCUCGACGCUUGCUCUAAACCUUAACACGCAUCGCUUGCGGAGUGGUUUUGGAAACCUAAGGAACGUAUCUUUCAUAUCAGCAAUAAAUCAUUUUCAAGAAACAAAAGGUUAAAUUACUACACACCUUUAUAGGGUUCCCACACUUCCAUAUUACAGCGCUUGUUUACGGAAACAGAGGGAAGACAGGGUGGACUAGGGAGAGGCUAUACAGACACGCCUGGUGCCCAAAUUGUUGACGUAUGUUGCGCAGUUGAGAGUCGAGUGGAGAUGAAUGGAUUCGGUUUAGUCAGUCCUCCUGAUGAGCCCUUCCCAGCUAUUUAGUUUAUGCUGUCUAGCUGGCAACAACCGCAGCAUGGCGCUAGUUAAAACUUGUAAAAGAAAGUGAUGUUUGUUUCGAUGGGCGAAGGAGAAAUAACUUGUAGCUAGGGCUGGCACAAUUAUCGUAUAAUCGUGUAACCGACAAUUAUGGACAAUAACCGCGAACGAAACAAUUUCUUGGCCAUAAUCGUCUUACUACUCUUUUCAGGAGAAUGGGGGAUUCAACGUUAUAUUUAGUAUAUAUAGUUUACCCAAUAACACUUAUUCAUUUUUACAUGAAGUGGGUAAAGUUGUUAAUAAUUUUAUAAGCAGAAUGGCACGGUCGGGAGGAGAAGCAUCAUUUCCAAAAGUUCCAAGCGGUCAAAACCAUUCGUUUUGGAGACAGGGGUGUCACCAAAGCUGUUAUUUAUUCAUUAGGUAUGUCGCAGCAAAUUUUCUAAGAUGCAUUCAAAGCUAAAACACAUUUUUCUACUAAAAUGACAAUUAUGACAAUAACCGUGGCCAUUUGCAUGACAAUUAGGCCUAACCGGUACCCAAAAUCCAUAAUCAUCACAGCCCUACUCACGAUGUCACCGUGAUAUGCCAAUUAGCUAACAUAACGAGGUCGUAUCGAUGUGCUUCCCACUGUUUUUCUUCACCAGGCAACUGUAUCACAUGUCGCUGGUGGUAGCUAACGUGGCCAAUUUGUUCCAUCCCACUUGAUUAUAUUUUGAGUAGGAUAGCAGCCUUCCUUGAGAAAUAACUUGGAAUAUUGGUAGUCACCGUGAUACAGUCUACUGCUCAAUGGGAGAGUUUGCGCUGCAAGCCGGCAACACAACAUCACGGGGCACAGUGUGUCCUUAGUUCCUGCUUGCCGACUAAUGCCGAGCACUGCUGUCCUGCAGUAAGGAGAGGGAAGUAGCUAGAUAGUCUCUCUCGUCAGACUUUUCUCUUAAAGCAAAACAGAGUUGGUCAAAUAAUGAAGGAUCUAGAAUAGGCCAAUGCAAUGUCAUACCUUUAAAAAAGAAAGACAUAUGUGAUACUUUUAUAAAUGGAUUCUUUGAGGAUGUGUAUGGAGCCGAGUAGAUCUUAUAGUUUCUAUAAAAUUGCAUUUGAAGUUUGGAUUGAAUCACACGACUGGAAUCAUCAUCAAUGUCCAGAACACAAUGAGCUUUCUAUUCCACUGCGAUUACACAGGGGAAUUAGUAAUCAUUGUGACUGAGCUCGUUUUUAACACAGAUGGGUCAUCUUUCUUCAUUAGCUUUGAGCUCACAGAGCUCUCGAAGGUGCAACAUAAAACAUAUUUUGUCACUGAAACUUGGAGUCCUGUGCUGUUCCUCUGUUGAAUGUAGCCAAUGUAUCUAUAUAGCUAGUCAGUGGCACCGUUUCUCAGAUAAGCAAGCGAGUCACACGGGUCAGUUCAAAGAUCAACAUAAGCCCGCCUACGUGUUGAAACGGUCGAGGAAUAACAUUAUGUGACACCAUCUGCCACAGAUGAAUACAAAUUGAUGACCAUUACGGCAUGUGACGUGAGUCAUAAGCAUGCAGAGACAGGACAGUACAGUACUUAGAAUGACCCUCGCUGUAUUUUAUGUUGUGAGGCUGUUGAAGCCACUGAACAUAGGUCUACUCUGCUGCUCUCCCUCUGACCUUCAUGUUGUCCAGACCCUCCAUAUCCAAGGUGUGUCCCAAAUGUCACCCUAUUCCCUAUGUAGUGCACUACUUUUGACCAGGGCCCAUAGGUCUGCUCAAAAGUAUUGCACUAUGUUGGAAAUGGUGUGCCAUUUGGGAUGAAAUCCUAGCCUAUCCAUGUUGUGUGAAAUCAAUCUGUCAGUAGGAUAACGAUGGGAGAACUGGGGUGUACGAACCAAACGGAAGCGAACAGAAGCAAACGGCAAACGACCUACAUUCAUUUGUCCAAUAGAAACUCUUGUUUUCGUUGCGAAACGUGUUCUGUUACAAAAUGUCUUGCAACUGUUUGCUAUGGUGUGCAAUAAUGAUUACACCCCUAUCCAUCUCCUGUCGUUCCACUUUUUCAUUGGUUUCUUUCAUUACCUAGGACUGUUAGGUUAGUUCAGUAGUUACUCAUAUCGUCUUUGUGAUCUUGCGAUCAGUCGGACCUCAGUUCAUGAAUGCCCCCGACCUUACUUGACGACCUUGUAGUGGCUGGCAGUAGGCCUAAUGCCUCCAUCACACUGACAGUGUCAUUGCCUUUUGGUGCAACAGAAGUACAUUCAUUUCCAAUGGAACACUGCAUUUGCCUUGCAGCAUUGCGUUGCAGAGGCAGUUGCAGUGCGUUCUGUGACGCACAUACGUUGGAUAUCUCGAACGUAUGCAUCAAAUUGUAAUCGUACACAGCUUGACAGAAAUGGUUGCAGAAGGUGAAUGUGUUGCACACGUAUCCAGAUGAUGCUGUGCACCAUUUUGCGCAAUUACGGUAUAGGUGUGAUCGAGGUGUAAAUGUCUAAUAUUUAUAACGAAGAGCGAGAGGAGCGUUCGUGUAGUGCUGUGGAUCUAAUCAAGCAUUUUAUUGGGUAAGAUUAGUGUGGAAUGAUUAAAGGCCUCCCCUCGCUCUUGUUUACUCCCAGAGCUUGGCUCGCAGACAUUUGGAUCUCUUCAAGUCCUGGUGAUGAAAUGCUGUUUAUGAGAGCGAGACUUGGGAUAUUGCAUGUUAUCAUGACAUGGACACUGUUAAUCAACUCUCGCAAGGAUGAAGAAAUUGCCUGUUUUCCAGCAGCUUCUGCUAGUGCUUGCCCCCCUUACCUCACACCCAGUGUGGAUGACAGAAUAUAAAAGCUGUUUAUGAUUUCCUCCAGCAAACAGUUUUUUGUGUGCAAAAGAGAGCAUUUGAGGAGGUUUUUUGUCUGUGCUUGCCUUGCAAGAACUGAGAGUGCUGUGGAAUUAUAUUAUGGAGAGAUAGGCCUACUGCUUGCCACUUUUGCCUUGGACUUUCUUAGAAUUCUCUGCCUCAGUCUAAGCGACACUUUAAAAUGUAGGCCUACAAAAAAGUGUUUUUAUUUUCCUUUACACCAAAAGACCUCAAGGGAAUCCUUUGAAAGUUUUGUCCAGGGACUCAUCACUGUAUUCUGUGUUCCACAGGUUGCCAUUAAAAUCAUUGACAAGAGCCAACUAGAUGCUGUGAACCUGGAGAAGAUCUACCGGGAGGUACAGAUCAUGAAAAUGUUGGACCACCCGCACAUCAUCAAGUUGUACCAGGUAAGCCGCUCCUCUUAA